UUCCAGUUUGUUGCCAUGGACCAGGUUAUAGGAGUCCUAUUGAAGCAAUGCGAAAUGGACCUCGCGAGAAGUUAUUGUACACGGUCACAGUGCAACCAAAUUUAGAAGACCCUCAUGGGGACUAUCUGUCAACUGUGGAUGUUGAUCCCGAAAGUACAACUUAUUGUCAGGUAAUCCAUAGAACGUUUACCAACCGCAGAGGAAAUGAAUUACAUCAUUCGGGAUGGAAUGCUUGCUCCAGCUGUUACUAUGUUGAUUCUAAUGCUAAAGAAAUCCCUAAACGUGACAAAUUAAUAUUGCCUUCGAUAAAUUCUGAUUUCAUUUAUAUUUUGGAUGUCGUAUCUGACCCACGAAAGCCUUCUUUAUGGAAAACUAUAGAUGGAAGUGUUCUUAACAGUCAUAAUGUUACUGCUCCUCAUACCACACAUUGUUUGGCUGAUGGAAAAGUCAUGAUUUCCACACUUGGUGAUGCUGACGGUAACGCUAAAGGUGACUUUAUUUUAUUUGAAGCGGAGAAUUUCAGCUGCCUAGGCACUUGGACCAAAGGAGACCAAACGGCAUUAUGUGGAUACGACUUUUGGUAUCAACCAUAUUUUGACGUCAUGAUAUCAACAGAAUGGGGAGCUCCCAAAAAGUUUAGACGAGGCUGGCGGAAUGAAGACUUGAAUGAUUUAAAUCAAUAUGGCUGCCGGUUGAAUUUUUAUAACUGGUCUUCACAUACCUUAUAUCAAACUAUUGAUUUGGGUCCCGAUGGUAUAACUCCACUUGAAGUUCGUUUUAUGCAUGAUCCAAAACGUCCGGAUGGAUUUGUGGGUGCCUGCUUGUAUGCAAAUAUAUUUUAUUUUAAAAAGAUGUUUGAUUCUGACGAAUUUGUCGCAAAAAAAGCAAUCGAUAUACCACCGAAACUUAUCUCAAUUAAUGGUGAGGACGCACAUCUUUUACAUGGUAUGGUUUCCGACAUAAUUCUAUCAUUGGACGAUAAAUUUCUGUAUUUGAGUUGCUGGUUGCAUGGUGACGUGCGUCAAUACGAUGUUACUGACCCAGAAAAUCCUAAACUUAAGGGUCAGCUGUUUUUAGGAGGAUCUGUUUGCAGUGAUUUGCACAACGUGGAAGUAAUUGAGGAUAAAGAACUGGAGGAACGCCCUAAGCCACGGUUUGUCAAGGGGCGGAGACUGGAAGGAGGACCACAAAUGAUGCAACUAUCAUUGGAUGGUAGAAGAUUAUACGUAUCAUCAUCACGGUAUUCUCCAUGGGAUAAAAUGUUUUAUCCGAAAAUGGUCGAAAAAGGCGGACACAUUGUUUUAAUAGACGUUGAUGUGGUAAAUGGAGGCAUGAAGCUUAAUGAGGAAUUUCUUGUGGACUUUGGUAAUGAACCGCAUGGACCUUCACUUCCCCAUGAAAUGCGUUACCCGGGCGGAGAUUGCACCUCGGAUAUUUGGUUGGCAACAGACGGAUAAUAAUAAAAAAUGCUAUAAAAAAGCGCAAUGAACAAAUAAGAAUACAACUUUACAAAAAUGUAAGGAUACUAUUACAAGAUAACAUUAGCUCUUCUUUAAAAUUUUAUGGAGUACAAAUUCAUUCGAUGAUAUCUGUAUUUUUGAAAUUUUUUUUAUUUUUAUUAAAAAUAACAAAACCACUUAA